AUGGAUUUAGAUUUAAGUAGUAUCUUAAAGGCUGAGAUUUCUAAGAAACAAAAGGAGCUUAGAAACUCCAACAAUGUUCAACCAUUAUCCCAUGGAAUAUCCCAGGAACAUGAAAGAGUGGACGCAGACGAAAUACCCCAGAAGGCAGAACAAGAUGAGAGUACAAACGAGGAAGUACCAUCGGAUUACCAGCUCGAUGAAGAUAUUGUAGAAGUCAUUGGUAAAUUGGGAAAUCGGCCAGAAAGAAUACAAGAAGCCAUAACUCAAGAUAAGACUACUUCUUCAACGAUAGAUCCAUCACAAAUCGGUUCCACAAAAGACGAAACUGUUCUGUCAAUGAAAUGUAAUCUUUAUAUUCACGAAAUACUAGUUCAUUGGAAGGCGUCCUUGGAAGAGUACCAUCCGGAGUUGUUUUUAGAUACUAAGAAGGCGCUCUUCCCGUUAUUAUUGCAACUGCGACGGGGCCAGCUCCCCACGGAUUUGCUAAUCUCCCUCGCUACUGUUCUUUAUCAUUUACAGCAACCUAGUCAGACCAACCUUGCCAUUCAAUCCUACAUGAAACUCAGUAUCGGGAAUGUGGCCUGGCCUAUUGGUGUGACAAGCGUGGGCAUCCACGCCCGUAGUGCUCAUUCCAAKAUUCAAGGCGGCCAAAGUGCUGCUAAUAUAAUGACUGACGAGAAGACAAGGCUAUGGAUCACCAGUAUCAAAAGAUUAAUAACCUUUGAAGAUUGGUUUGCCAAACAACCACGCUAG